AUGACUGACGAACGCAGUUCUCUCCGAUAUGCCAGUCCAAAUGAGCAGCGAACCAUCAGCAGAGAAGAUCUGGGUUUCUACCAUGCCGUCAUAAUAGGAGUUGCAUACGAGAUUCCGAGCAGCAUUGAUGUCCAUUCGCCCAGGUCCUUCUAUUCUCCGCUGAAGAGUUGUAUUGGCAAACACCCUUGCUUAUCCGUUGUGGUAGAGGACGCGGAUAAAGACAAAUCCAGCUACCAUCAUGUGCCUCGCAUCAAUCUGGAAGAGCAUAUUGUCAUUUUGGACGGUAAAGCCGCCUCAGAACCUUUGAAAGAGAUAGAGCAAGCUCUCGCAGCAAACCUCGACACACCAUUCCCCCCUAAAAUCCCGCCUUGGAAGAUCGCGGUCCUCCCUUUACCAAAAGGCUGCCUCAUUGCCUUCUGCUUCUCCCACACUAUCGGCGACGGCAUAACUGGCGUCGCCUUCCACCGCACAUUGCUCCGCGCUUGGAGAAGAACUCCUUCAGACAAUGCCACCCCAUCUACAAUCCAAGUUCCGCAUCGAUCACUACCACCCGCCUUCGACACGCCAGCCAACCUCCCAAUCUCCUGGUCCUACCUUCUCGCCCCCCUCAUCUCCCUCUUCAUCCCCUCCUUCCUCGCCAAAGCCCUCGGUCUCCGCCCCUCCGCCUCCGCAAUCAGCGCAGGAACAUGGACAGGCGCCCACAUCCCCGACUCCCCAACUCCACCCCCAAGCAAAAUCCUCCUGCGAAGAGUCGACGCACCGAUCCUAACCUCCGCCCUCCACGCCGCAAGGAAGCACAACGUCAAACUCACCGGCCUAUUCCUGCACCUCGCCGCCCGCGCCCUCAGCUCCGUCCUCCCCGCCGACCCCAACAUCACCGACUUUGUAUCGCAGACUGCGAUAAACAUGCGCAAGGAGGUGGGCAUAUCGAAUGAGCAGGGCGGAAACUUUGCUUCGGGGUGCUACAUUGUGCACGCGCGCCAGCCAUCUCCCUCAUCCACCUCCUCACCCUUCACGGAAGACGACUGGCUAGCCGCCCAAUCCGCCACGCAAAACCUCGCCCUAGCAGCAUCGACACUGCAAGACCAACCCAUCGGUCUCCUGCGCUACCUAUCCAGUAUGCGCAAAUGGAUGCUCGGGAAAUUGGGUCAGCGACGCGACUGCUCGUUCGAAGUGAGUAACGUCGGGGUCUUCCCCGGCAUCUCCGACACCGACGGCGAGCAAUCAGAUGGUGGAGAUUUCAGGAUCGCGGAAAUGGUGUUCGCGCAGCCGGGACAGGCGCUGGGUGCGCCGUUGGCUUUCAAUCUCGCCAGCGUGAAGGAUGGGGCGCUGGUUUAUAGUGUUACGUGGAGGGCAGGGGCGUUGGAGGUUGGGAAAGGGGAGGAGGAGGGGGAGUUUGUGCGGAGGGUGUGUGAGGGCAUUGAAAGGGGGUUGGCGGGGCUGGAGUGA